CCCUUUUCAAUCCUCACAUUAUCCAUAUACAUACUACUCUUUAGCCUCUUCAGAAAAAGAAAAAAGAAAAAAAGCUCAAUGACACUAACAAUGGCUACUUCAUUAUCAACUUCAUUAUUCUCAACAGUUCUUAACUUUUCCCCUAGAAAAACAACUGGUUUUACUUGCCUUACCUCAGUUAAAAUUCCAUCAAUUUCCAAGAAAACUUCACUUAAUCUUAGUUCUUCAAGAAACAUAUCAAUGUUUGCCCCAAUUGUCUUGAACAAAGUCUCUUUUGCUGCAAUACCCACUAAUGGAAAUUCAAAGACAUUGAGUGUAGUUUGCCACAAAGGGUACAAAAUGAAGACCCACAAAGCUUCAGCAAAAAGGUUUAAGGUGUCAGGUACUGGGAAGAUAAUGAGGAGGAGAGCUGGAAAGCAGCAUUUGCUUGGGAAGAAGAAUACCAAGAGGAAGAAUAGACUCUCGAAAAUGAUACAAGUUGACCGCAGUGACUACAACAAUGUAAUCGGUGCAUUGCCGUACUUGAAGGUAAACCGGGCCAACUAGGUCAAGAUGCAGUUAGCUACAGACUCUUCAUCAAGUUGCCAGAGCUCGAAGGGGUUCUCUCUUUUUGUGUAAAGGAUGAAGAAGCACCAUUGCUUUAUACACUUUUCCAACUUUCAUCCACCUGAAGUUCUUUGUACUAAUGAUUUUUUCAAGUCAUUAGGAUCUGUUAAGCACCAGUAAAUUCUGUUUCUUUUUCCCUUGUAAGUUUACUAGAAACUCUUCAAGCAUCAACUUAUAAUGAUCAUUUAUAAGUUUUUUGUGCAA